CAACUGAUUAUAAAAACACUUGAAGUUUUUACUUUUUUUACUUUCCAACUCUCGUGAAUGUACAGAGGACUUUCCAGAAACUACAUGAUGUGUGAUAUUUCAGCUGAUGAAAUGUAGAUGUAAACCGACUUUUGAUCAUCAGCGCGCAUGACUGCUCCCUGAAAGGAAGAACAAUAAUGUUAAUUACCCGCAGACUGUGUUUGCUCCAGGCUUUCAGCAUUAUGUCUGUACUGAAUAAAAGCAAGCAGCUCCAGCUGUUCGAGGCUGCUCUCUUCUUCAGCCAUUAGUGCCGGGCAGCCCACUAGCUGCUGUUACACUGCAUAUCUGUGUCUGAGUACUCCUUUCUUCACUUGCUUGGCCAGGGUCUGUGGGACAGACCCAGCAGCUGGUGCCCUGUGUGAGGAACGCUGCAAUGGAUCGCGACGGAACCCUCGAAAACGAAGGUGAAGAGACUGCGCAGUAAGCAAAGCUUACUCACAUAGCAUAUUGGUAUAUCAAAAUGAAAUGCAAGGAACCAAAAAUAACAUAAUUGAACGCAGUAAAAGUGAAAUUAAAUAGGAAGAUCAUCAGUCAAGGAAGACCCACUGGAGAGGACAGAAAAUAAAGGAAGCAGUGUUUUAUCAUGUGUAUUUCAGCAGGUCUUCUUGAAAUUUAACUAAAAAUAUGACUGCUCUCUCUUCAGAGAACUGCUCUUUUCAGUACCAGUUACGUCAAACAAACCAGCCCCUUGAUGUUAACUGUCUGCUAUUCUUGAUCAUACUUGGGAAAAUAUUAUUAAAUAUCCUUACACUAGGAAUGAGAAGAAAAAACACCUGUCAAAAUUUUAUGGAAUAUUUUUGCAUUUCACUAGCAUUCGUUGAUCUUUUACUUUUGGUAAACAUUUCCAUUAUAUUGUAUUUCAGGGAUUUUGUACUUUUAAGCAUUAGGUUCACUAAAUACCACAUCUGCCUAUUUACUCAAAUUAUUUCCUUUACUUAUGGCUUUUUGCAUUAUCCAGUUUUCCUGACAGCUUGUAUAGAUUAUUGCCUGAAUUUCUCUAAAACAACCAAGCUUUCAUUUAAGUGUCAAAAAUUAUUUUAUUUCUUUACAGUAAUUUUAAUUUGGAUUUCAGUCCUUGCUUAUGUUUUGGGAGACCCAGCCAUCUACCAAAGCCUGAAGGCACAGAAUGCUUAUUCUCGUCACUGUCCUUUCUAUGUCAGCAUUCAGAGUUACUGGCUGUCAUUUUUCAUGGUGAUGAUUUUAUUUGUAGCUUUCAUAACCUGUUGGGAAGAAGUUACUACUUUGGUACAGGCUAUCAGGAUAACUUCCUAUAUGAAUGAAACUAUCUUAUAUUUUCCUUUUUCAUCCCACUCCAGUUAUACUGUGAGAUCUAAAAAAAUAUUCUUAUCCAAGCUCAUUGUCUGUUUUCUCAGUACCUGGUUACCAUUUGUACUACUUCAGGUAAUCAUUGUUUUACUUAAAGUUCAGAUUCCAGCAUAUAUUGAGAUGAAUAUUCCCUGGUUAUACUUUGUCAAUAGUUUUCUCAUUGCUACAGUGUAUUGGUUUAAUUGUCACAAGCUUAAUUUAAAAGACAUUGGAUUACCUUUGGAUCCAUUUGUCAACUGGAAGUGCUGCUUCAUUCCACUUACGAUUCCUAAUCUUGAGCAAAUUGAAAAGCCUAUAUCAAUAAUGAUUUGUUAAUAUUAUUAAUUAAGUUACAGCUGUCAUAAGAUCAUAAUUUUAUGAACAGAAAGAACUCAGGACAUAUUAAAAAAUAAACUGAACUAAAACUUUUG